AUGCAUGUUGGCAAAAACAUGAUAACAGGCCAGGGAUGUUCAAUUGUUGGCAAAUUGGUUGCCAUGCAUGUUGGCAAAAACAUGAUAACAGGCCAGGGAUGUUUGCCAACAACAACCUUACAUGGUAGUUCAGCUGAAAGGAAGAAAGGAGAGAUUUUGCAAUGCAUCAUGAAUCCUGAGGUGAGGAAGAUUGGAAUAUUUGGUAUGGGGGGUGUCGGCAAGACAACCGUUAUGAGGCACAUUUACAAUCAGCUGAAAGAAAAGAAAGAUGAUUUUACUAUUGUCAUAUGGGUGGAUGUUUCCAGUUCUUUCAACUUGGAGAAGGUACAAGAAAAAAUUGCAGAAAAGUUGGGAUGUAACCUCUCUUCAUCUACCGAUGAAAAAAGUAGAGCACUAGUGUUACAUGAAGCUUUCAAAAGGAGAAGGAACUUUGUAAUCUUCUUAGAUGAUGUGUGGGAGAGUGUUUCUCUACAAGAUGUGAGCAUUCCUGAGGCUGAUGGAAGUAAUGGUUCCAAAAUUGUGUGGACUACCCAUUUCGUCAAUGUUUGCCAUAGCAUGGAGAGCCAAGGAGAAGUUAAAGUAGAGUGCCUUGCGGAUGAAAAAGCUUGGGCUUUGUUCAAGGAGAAAGUUGGCGGUGAGGAUGUUAUUAUGUCGCCUGAAAUUGAGCCAAUUGCAAGGAAGGUAGCCAGAGAAUGUGGAGGACUGCCACUGGCCUUGAUCACUGUUGGGCGUGCUUUAAGGAAAUAA